AUGUCACAGGCAGCGAUGAAUGCAGUCUGUAUAGGCUGUCGUCUUAGAAGGAAGCGUUGUGAUAGGAAAAGACCCAUAUGUACGAGUUGUUUGGAAUUAAAUAUAAGUGAUGAUCUAUGUAUCUAUCCAGAUACCAAAUUACAAUUAGCUUCAAAAGAUUCCAAAAUCACUCUGGAUAUGCUUAGAAAUAAGAAUAAAGAUUUGAAAAAAGAAUAUGAAUUAUUACAAAAUUUAUCUCCAAAUCAAAUUAAAUUAUUAUCUUCAAAUUUAAAUGAUAAUCAUUUAACCCAUAAAAUACCUCCAUAUCAACAAGAAAUCUUACAACAUUUACAUCCAAAUCAUGCACAACCCAUUCAAGAUGAUAAUAAACCACAUCAACUUCAAGAAAAUUCACAAUAUCCAAAACAAUCAUCUCCAAACAAUGAAUUAUUAACUACAAUAAAAUUUGAAAAAAAUAUUCAUCUACAUAUAGGUUCAUUAUCUUGGGAAACUUUAUUCCGUUCAGAAAAAGAUACUUAUAAACUAUGUAUGCAAUUUGAUGAAUUAUUGGACCUAAUCAAAACGCGACAUGAUAAAAUGUCUAAAAACUUCACUUUAGAAAUGGAUACAGAUUCAAGAUUUCAACAAUUAAAACAAUUAUUACUUAGUAUGCUGAUUGGUAAGAUUCCCUUGAAUUCCGUUUACUCGACAAUGGAUGAAUUAUUAGAAAUUAUUGCAAAUAGAUUACCACCAUAUGAUAUGGUUAUGACUCUUGUUGAUAGAUUUUUCAUAAUGAUUAGAAUUCAACAAAAUGUAAUGUUGGAAGUUAAUGAAGAUGCUAUAUAUGAAACUAUAGGUCAAUGUUUCUCUAAAGGUCCUAAUGGUAGGGUUCAAAUAAAUGUUAAAUUCCCUGAAGAAUGGGUUAAAAUACCUGGUAUUUCAUUAGUCUUGGGUAUUGUGGCACAAAUGCUUUUCCAAGUUAAUCAAUUACUUAAUCCAAUAACUUCAGCAAACCAUCUUUUAAUUUUAGAUUCUAUUCAAUUGUUAUUAGUUGCUUUUAGUAUUUUUAGAAGAUUUGAUAUAAGGUAUAGAGAUAUUAUGAUCCCGGAAGUUGCUAUUCAAUUUUUACAAGCUUUUAUAUUUUUCAGUGGAUUUGAUACUUAUAACCCACUUGGUCGUGAACAUGAACGCUCGGAUAAAACUGGUGAAAAUUUGAUAUUGGUAUGGAGAAUGAUUACAUAUGCAAGAGCUGCAUAUUUAAAUAAAGAUAUUGAUGUUGUUUACAAGCAAAAAACUAAAGAAUAUAGAAGAUCUUUGAAAAGUAUAUGGUAUUGGUUAGCAUUUUUGGAUGUUUCGGAAUCAAUAGAAUUUGGUACCAAAACUAAGAUUCAACGUGAAGAAUUAUUCUAUUAUUCAGAUCAUUCAAAUGAAUAUACAAGAUCGAUAACUUUAUUAAAUGAAUUGAUUUAUGAUUAUCAACAAUUAGAAAACUUGGAUGAUCCAUUAGAAUUUAUCAAUAAAACUGAGUUUAUAUUAAUACCCAAGGCAAACCAGGCUUUGAACCAAUUUCCUAAUAGUGUUAACGAUGAUUUAACAACAUUACAUCAUAUGGAUUUUGAUAAUUUAUCACUUGUUCAUAAAUUCAUGUCCACGGUGCAAACUUUCUCAAUAAGAUUAACAACAUAUGCAUUGAUUCAUACAUAUUAUUAUCAAUGUUAUAAAAGAUUAGAACUUACAAAUUCAGAAAAUGAAUUCUUAAGGAAAAGAUAUUAUUUAUUAUCAAUGAAAUAUGGUUUAUUAGUUUUUGAAUUAAUACCUGCAAUUUUUUCUGCUUAUAAAAGAUUAUGGGGUCAUGAACAUAGUUCCACGUUUGGUUCCUUGGGAACAAUUAUUUCAAUUUUCAAUACGAUGAAAUCUGCAUUUAGAAGAGUUACUAUAUUUGUUGGUGGUCGAAUUUUUGAGAAUUUACCAAUACAGGAUAGAUCAAUAGCUAUUUUAAAACUUUUCCAAAUGGAUAAUGUUGAUGAUAAAACCCUUUUGAAUGAUUUAAUUCGUCAUGAAAAUCAGGUUAAUAAUUCACAAUUACAAUUUUUCCAAAUUUAUGAUUUAGAAGAUCCUCAAAUUGAUUUACAAAAUGAUUUAUUAUUUAAAAAAUUUGAAAUUUUAUUAGAUUAUAAAUUUGUUAUGUUGACUUGUUCUAGGACCAUGUGUGAUCUUGUUGAUUAUUUAAAAAAUUCAGUUUACAACUUAAAUUUUGUUUCUCUAAAUAGAGCAUUCUUCAUUGCAAUUAAGAUUCUUUCAUUUUUUUUAAGAAUUCAUCAUAGUCAAACUUUUAAAGGUAUUUUCCAUGAAACUUUUGGAAUUAAAGAAUCUGAAUUAAAUUUGAAAGUUCUUUAUGAACGUGCUAUUCAUUCAAAGGGGAAUUUUGAUAUUGAAGAUUUUUUUUAA